CCGACAGCUAGGCUAUGUCAGGGUUUCUCUCUUCUGAGUCGACUUCUGAAGCAGCCGGUACCUUGACACUUGCAAUGACGCUUACACUUACAUGCAUCAUCUUGAUCGCGUGUCCCUUCGCGUCCACAGGGGCAAAAUGGUCAUAUAACGGACCUGACGGAGAACACAACUGGUCCAGCAACUAUCCAUUUUGCGGAGGAGCAUUCCAGUCGCCUAUUGACUUCCAGACACAUCUGCUGAGAUAUGAUUCAAACCUGCCGCCCAUCCAGGUCCAGAACUACAACCUGUCGACCAAUGAGCAGCUCACUCUCAGCAACAACGGACACUCUGUGCAGUUGUCUUUGCCAUCUCACAUGUACAUCUCCAGCCUCCCUCACAGAUAUUCAGCAGCUCAGCUCCACUUCCACUGGGGCUCUUACAAUCUGCUGACUGGAUCAGAACACACUGUUAAUGGCAAACAGUUUGCUGGAGAGAUGCAUGUAGUACACUUUAAUUCUGACAAAUACCCCAACAUCUCAAUGGCAGUGGACAAGCAUGAUGGACUGGCUGUGCUGGGAGUUUUCAUUGAGAUUGGAGAGUUCAACCCUGCUUUCGAAAAAUUGUUCAAAUACAUGAAUGGCAUAAAGUACAGAGAUCAGAAAAUACAGGUCCCAGCAUUUAACAUCCGUGCGCUGCUACCAGCCCAUUUGGAUGAGUAUUACCGCUACGAUGGUUCUCUGACCACACCGCCCUGCUAUCCCAGUGUGCUAUGGACCGUGUUCAGAAGACCAGUUACCAUUUCACGAAAACAGUUUUUGGCAUUGGCCACAGCGCUGUACGCCUCCUAUGCCCAAGAGUCUGCUACUGUGCCACUUCAUGGAAAUUACCGGAAACCACAACUCGCAGAUAACAGAGUGGUACUGGUUUCCUUCAAGGAUGGACUGCACGGUAUUCUUUCAGCGGCGUCCCCCUUUCAGAGGAAGCAAGUCAUCCAGAAGCUUCUGGUGGGUGACCUUGCGGACUUGGCUGAUGAGAGACUCUACCAACUUCUGCCAAAGUUGAGUUCCCAAUCGGGAAAGGAUAAGAAGUUGAAGAAGACCAAAAAGCAGGGACACUGGAGCCAAGCAACUCAGAAACAGCAGUGGUCGAAGAACAAGGUGCCAAGCAAUUCUGGCUACUCCUUAUCCGUUGGGAAGAACACAACAACACCAUGGUAUAUGGAAGCAUUUGAUACGGGUAAAGGGAUGUGUUUUGUAUCCCUGGAGGAGAAUGUCGUGCAUCAGCUCGAGAGAUACCAUGCAAAGGGUCUGAUGGUUGUGGCUCUGAGAGAGGUCGUUUUUCCGGAGUUGAACCUCAGGAGUUACUUGCACUGCCGGUCUGAUCUAGACCUUCAGACCAUAAGAAAACUCAUACAAGGAAGAUCUCGAGAUGAGGCUGCCGAGCUCGAACAAUCACUGGCUGAAGCCAUGCUGAAGAAGAUCAACCAGCAUAGAAACCCAAACAUGAAAACCACCAUAGGGCAUCCUCAAGCCACAAUCCCAAAGGACUUCAACUCGGCCUUGACUUACCAUAGACCUCAACGUGUUGAAUGGGAAGAUUAGACCCAGUGAGGGCCGCAAACCUCCCUGAGAGCCUAAAUUUCUGCAGUACGCUGUCACGCACAAUUAUUUAGUCAACUCAGCUUCUAAGGCUAGCACGUCAUUUGAAUGAUAUUUAUUUAGUUUGAUGGUACCCCUCUAACACUGUCUCUGAGACUCAGACAGUCUUUGUCUCAAACUAGUUUUGCUUUUGCAGUAGAUGAAAUGACUUGUUGAGCAAAUAAUGUCCAUGAUAUGUUACGCUGCUGGUUAUGAAAAGUUUGCAGUUAAUUUCCAACGAACUGGACAGUAUGCUAGACAACAUUUGCUAGAUGGAUGUCGACAGGACCCCAAAAUUUCCAGCCUUCAGGAUCCAGAUUAACUAUCUAAUGAUUAGUCUAGACUAAAAGCUGGUCUGUUUUAAGAAUUAGUGAGGUUUUUGUGGGAGAAUACGGCUCAAACAAUCUUAAUUAUGAUAUUCAAUGCACAAAAAGACAGAAGACAAAACAUAUUUUUACAUUUUAUUGGGAAAAGUUGAGCUGUAUAUUGCAGUAAUUGUAUUCUGUGGUUGAAAAGAGUCAAGUGCAAAUUGACAAAGGGACAAAGGAACAAAAUCAGCACUUAAAGCAUUUUAACAUUCUCACAUUUUCGAACACUGUGUGGUACUGUUUUUUUGGGGGGGGGCGGGUGUGAUCUGAACCCAGAGAGACAGCAGACAGCAUAACCCUUUUUUGGACACUGACUCAGAUUUUGGUCUAUAUAAUUCUUUGUGAAAUGUCAAGAUCAUGGAUUGUAAAAUAAAAGCAU